AUGGACAUGGAAGCUGCCCAGAAGCUGAUAUCCCAGCUGGAGGAAACUGUGGGGAGGCUUCAGUCAGAACUAGCUGAGGAGAGGCAAGACCAUGCACAGCUUGAAGCACGAGCCAACGAUAUGAUUAGCCGGUCCACCAUCCGGACAUGGCUGGACAGGGAGGCAGGUCGACUGGCGACAGUCCUUGCUGGAGUGGACGGAGCGGUGCAGCAGCUAGCUGAGUACAGAGGCAACGCCGCCCAAUGUGCUGGCAGUGUGGCGCACCAGAUGUGUGAUCGUUGA